UUGCAAGAUUUUCAUGUAUUAAGUACCUUAACCUAGUGAGAAAGGGGAUUAAGGGACAGUGUGCAUUCUGGACAAUUUUCAUUCCAUGUGAUGUUUAUGACAGAGAAAUCUAAGAGGAGAGACAUUUAAGGCUGGUACACAUUUCCCCCUUGCAAAUAACAGAAUAUGCAUAUUAUAUAUAUGAGACAUGACAAAACAUUUCUUUGCUUCUAAUCCUUGCAUACUAUGAAGCAAAGAUUCUAUGCAGAAGUAGGAAUCAUGACUGCAUAAAAUAGUGUAUUGCUUUGUUUGUUUGUUUUUGUGCAAAUUUAAAUAUUUUCUAGAUACAUCUUAGAAUGUGGGAAACAACCGUGUCCUCUUGACAGUAGAUAGUUGCUCUUCUGCAAAGUACUGAAGUCCACAACAAGAGAAUGAAAAGACUGGCUUUUUAUAAAUGUUUCAGCAAUUUCAUUUUUGUAUUUCUCACUGUAUUCUUCCUGUUUCCAUGUGAACAAUGUGUUCUACGAUAUAUUAAAGAGAUAUUUCUUUUCUGUUAUGGGAAGGUUCUGUUAUAACCUUUACUCUGAGGGGGAAACAAAGCUGGGUGAAUGGAGUGGGAGUGAGUGAGGAGAAGGGUUAUUUAUAGAGAUAUGUUCUUCUUUCAGAAUAAAAGGCACUCAGUUUGAAGGGAGGCAAAUUUAUGAGGCUGAAUAGUCCCCUUGUUGAAUAACUCAAUUUUAAACCCCCUCUCUCAUCAAAUAGGAGUUCAAGAAACUUUUGUGAUGGAAAAUCCAUUCCCCAAGGAUGGAGCUUUUCUGCAUACAUCUGUUAAGAGGAAUUGAUGUGAAUUAAGGAACACGAUUGUCACGCAGAUACCUGGCAAAAGUAUUAUGAGUAAAUAUAUAAGCAUGGAUUUGGCUGCUAUCAUUUCUGGAUUUAGAUGGAAAUGGGGUGUGUGACUUUCCUUCAAGCCAUUUUUUUUUUUAAAAAUCUGCCUUUCCUCUUGGCUAAGGAAACUACUGCUUCUCAAGUUACAAAAAGCUAUUUGCUCAGAGUGCAAAACUUUACCGUCCUUUCUCUCAUCAAAGGACAAGAGAAGGAAUUACAUUGAGAAGUCAGUUCACUGAUUCAUAAAUCCAUAUGUUCUGACGUGCACCAGAACUGUAUAACUGGCAGUGAAUGCAUUGGCUUAUCCUCUGAAGCUGCAAAGUUGGUUUAAACUGUCAAAACCAAUAGUUCUUGUGCACUAUGGAGAAUUUCUCAUCUUCACAAGAUAACAUCAAUCAACAUGGACAACUUUUACUUCACAGCUUUUCCAACUCAACAAAUGUGUCUGCUCUGCCUGAAAGACAACCAAGAGACGAACAGUUAGCUCAAGUAGAAAUUGCUGUGCUUGGAGUCAUAUUUAUAGCUGCAGCUGUGGGCAACUUUAUCCUCAUAUUGGUUUUGUGGAGGAGACGAACAAAACUGUCAAGAAUAUAUGUGUUCCUGCUUCACUUGAGCCUUGCAGACCUGAUGGUUGCAUUUUUUCAAGUUCUUCCUCAGCUCUUUUGGAAAGUUACAGAUGAUUUCAAGGGUCCAGACAUCCUCUGCCGAACUAUCUGUUAUCUCCAGCUGCUGAGCAUGUUUGCCUCUACUUAUAUGAUAGUUGUUAUGGCAAUGGACAGAUGCCAAGCCGUGUGCUAUCCUAUGACAUCUUUCCAAAAGAAGGGUGCCCUAUGGAAUGUUUCUAUCUGCACCAGUUGGUUUAUCUCUCUGGUCUUUAGUGUUCCUCAAGUAUUUAUUUUUCAGAAGACGGAAGUAUCACCAGGCAUAUUUGAUUGCAAAGCUAACUUCAUUGAACCCUGGGGUGCAAAGGGUUAUGUGACUUGGAUUUCUAUAGUUAUUCUCUUCCUUCCUGCAGCUCUUCUCAUCAUAUGCCAUGUUAUGAUCUGUAGAGCAGUCCAAAUAAAUAUGAAAAACCAACAUGAAUUUGAAAUGACAAAUCAGAAGCAAAUGAUGCCUUCCCAGCCAAGCAAUGCAAACAAAAUGUCAAAGGUUAUGAUCAAGACUAUAAAGAUGACAGUGGUGAUAGUUGUGGCUUAUGUCUUCUGCUGGUCACCUUUCUUCAUUGCACAGUUGUGGACUGCAUGGCACCCCAGUGAUGCUAGGACUGAAGGUCCAGUAAUAGCUAUUCUUAUGCUGUUAGCGAAUCUCAAUAGCUGUGUUAAUCCAUGGAUUUAUAUGUACUUUUUUGGUCAAAUACCGCAUUGUUCAAAAAACAAACUAAACCACACUGCAGCUCGUGAAGAGUCUACAAUUACAGGCAGCAUUAACCUGGGAGAUAAAGAAGCUGAAGACAAUAUCACAUCUGUGUAACUACUAUAAGCUAUUGGCUUUAUAGCUUAUGUUUAUUUCUUGUAUUUGCCAUUCAGUGAAAUGUUUUACUCUGGUAGAAGUAUAAUGUAUAUUUUCAUUAAUUUCAUUGGCAAAUCAAUGUUUCUAAAAUUCCAAAAUGUUCAGAGUCCACCAACUGGAGCUAAAUGUAGAACGGUGGUGGUAAUAGAGAGCUUGUAAGACAGUUAAAGCCAGGUCCAAAAUAGUACAUCAGAAGUUGCAAUUGGUUAUUUCCAGAAGCUAAUAUGGCAGAUAUGGUAGACAUAGUAAUUUGUUGGGAAAGAAGGCUUUUAUAACUUAUGGUAGCUGGUUAAUCAAAACCUUUGCUGCUUUAUAGCAGCAGCACAUUAUGCAACAAUCCAGUAGAUCCAUAUCUAUGGUUUGCCGAUAUGUGCAAAACAUUUUCCAUAUAUUAGCCCAGUAAUGUUUACAGUUACGCCGAUAGAUAUUAUGCCUUUCUCCAUUUUGUAAAAGAGAUAACAGGCACCAGAAGCUCAUAAUGUACAGGUACAGUAGAGUCUCACUUAUCCAAGCUAAACGGGACGGCAGAAGCUUGGAUAAGCGAAUAUCUUGGAUAAUAAGGAGGGAUUAAGGAAAAGCCUAUUAAACAUCAAAUUAGGUUAUGAUUUUACAAAUUAAGCACCAAAACAUCAUGUUAUACAACAAAUUUGACAGAAAAAGUAGUUAAAUACACAGUAAUGUUAUGUUGUAAUUACUGUAUUUACGAAUUUAGCACCAAAAUAUCAUGAUAUAUUGAAAACAUUGACUACAAAAAUUGAUUGGAUAAUCCAGAGGCUUGGAUAAGCGAGGCUUGGAUAAGUGAGACUCUACUGUAGUUGGAAAUAUGAAUGCAAUUUUCAGUCCUUUUUGGGGGAAAUCUAAAAUAUGUGCUUUUUCUUAAAGAAAUUCUAGCUAACAUAUCCAUUUAUCUAUGUGAUCCAAGUGAAUGCUGGGAAACUAUACCUCCAUGAACUGAAAUAGAGAUUAUUAUUUUUGUUAUAUUUUCUUAGGGACAAUCAAUAGAGUUAAUUCCUAGUCUGCAUGACCAUCAUGUAGAACCAUUCUUCAACAUCUGCCUUAUGAGUCUUUGAACAUUCCUACUUGGAAGUAUAUAUCUACCUAGCUGGAUUUCCGGGACCCUUUCCAGUGAUACGAUUCUAUGACUUAAUUGGCAUAGGUCACACUGACCUUACUAAGUAUAUAGUUUUGUAGUUUCUGGUUACAAUUGACAAUAAGUUAAAUUGACAAUUACUCUUGCAUAACUGAUGAAAUAAACCUUGGCCUGCUUCCAUGCAUGCAUUUCAUGAGAUAGGUCCUAUGUAAAAUUGCUGACUUGUUCCUCCCAGGAUAAUGGAAUAAUUUGCACUUGGGAUGCAAUGUAAGCAAAAUGAGAUAACUGAAAGCUGAGGAAACAGAAUGAAGAAAAAUGAGGAACAUGCUAGACUGAAGAUUCAGUUUUAGGGGUAUUGGCCAGAUCCCCACUUCACUGACCUCUUGCUAGUUGAAUGAUAUCAAGAGAUGUUGCUCUCUGGCUGAGCAUGGAGGAGAGUAAAGCCAGGCACAGUUGUGCUUCAAGAACCAGCCGAGUCUUGGAGCUGAGACUUAGUUGUUAUAGUGCCAUCUAACUGCAUAGGGAGGAAGGAGGAGGCAGUUUUCCCCAGUUGCAAAUCUUGUCCUGACACUUUUUUUUCGGGGGGGGGGGGGGAGCACCUAGGAUGGAGGGCUCUUGAAACCUGGGUUUGGCUUGUGAACUGUGAUCUCUCAUUUGUGCUAGGCAAAAUCAGACAUGAACUGAAUCACAUGAGCAACAACUGAAUCAGAGGCAGCCAUAAUGUAAGAUGAAGAAAUCAGUGACCAGAAAGUUAUGGUUGCUCAGGAGUAACAUAAAGGUUUUGUAAUUCUUUAUGAGAUGAGUUGGGUAGAUAGUUACUAUAGAAUCAGAAACUCUUUGGUAUUAAAGAAAUUCUGUAAUUAGUAGCACUUAUGUGUUAUCAUCAGCUGCUGGCACCAUCCUUUUUUGGAGCAGGCACUCAGUUUCUUGCUCUUGACAUCUGGCUCUGCAAACUUAUGUUUUGUAAAAAUUGUGAUGGCCUGUAGUCUAUCAUUUGGCUGCCAACCACCACCGUGACUUGUUUCCCAGUUGUCUCCUUACAACCACAUUCCCCAGGGCCAGGCAUGUAGGCGGGGGGGGGGGGGGGGGGCGGCUUCAGCAGCUUCAGCUCCCCCCCCCCCAAAAUUCUCAGGAUGGUCCAUGAGAAGGCCUUAAAUUUAUUAUUUAAACUGUUAGGUUUAUUCAUAUCAUGAUCCGAUCACCAUGCUCAAUGUAUCCCAUAUGCAUGGGGGUAUUGGGAUAACCAUACAAAAGGUUUGCUAGGGUAGAUCCUCUCUCACUCAGAUUCAGCACGCCCCCCCCCCCCCCCCGAAUCAAAAUCCUGGCUAUAGACCUGCCCAGGGCACAUGAUCAUGCCAUCUCUUCUGUAUUUGGUUAGUACUGGAUUGGGUUUUGUAAACCUAAGACUGUUGACGACACCAAAGAUUUAGUUUACUUUUGCUUCCCCUCCCCUUAGUAGGCAUCCAUUGCUUUGACCUUUGUUUUCACUACAACAGGAAUACGCAACUGCCAAAGGUCCAGGGUCCAAUUUUCUGCACUGGAAACCUCCAAUGGCGAGACAGACUGCUAAUAAUGCCAAGGUGUGCAUGGGGCAGGGGCGGGGUGGUGGUGGUGGUGUAUAGAGUGGCCAGAGGCCUUUUUACACUAAAUAGUUACAAUAGUAUGAUUCCACUUUGACUGUCAUAGUUCUAUCUCGUGGAUUUGAGGAAUCUGAAGUGUAGGCAGGGGCAUUUAGACUUCUCAGCCAAACAGCUGUAUCUCAUAAACUCUCUAAACCUCAGGAUUCCAUAGAUAUAGCCGUGGCCGUUAAGUUAUAUCACUUUAAUUCUGCUUGUCUGAAAGGACUCUAGUUUUGAAAAAUAGAUUUUUAUUUGGCUAGGAGAGUUUUCUUUUUUGACAGCAAAAGGUCAAGGAAUUGAAGCUAUGCAGGCUGUGAAAACAAGGACUGCACUUCCUGGACUGAAAUAUACAAAUGUGCUGAGCUAAUCCUAUGCCAAAUAUAAUCGAUCUAGUUUAUUAUCUCGUUUAGUAUUGUCUACACUGACCAUCCAUGGGUGUUCUAUAUUUCAGGCAGGGGUUAUCCUAACUCUAUUAUGAGAAUGCCAAGAUUUUACUUGAGAUCUGUAAGCAAAUAAUGUGUCCCACCACCAUGCUGUGGCCCCUCCCAGAAUUACCAUCUGAUACCUUUUUGCCUACAUGGAGGAAAUACCCUAUGGAAUGUUUCUGUUGCAAAUUUUUAGGGGAAGCUCACAUGCAUUCUUGUUAUGGUACAGUGUUUAUAUUAUGUUCUCCUUUAAGAAAUUGAACUCUUACUACGUAAAUAUAUACAAUUGUAUAUGAUUUUAAAAUAUUCUAUUGUGUUCUAGAACAAUGUAUAGCACAGUUAUUCUUUAUGCUGUGAGUUUUGACAUGUUAUUGUUAACAUAUUAAACACUAGUACAAGAAAAGUA